AUGGCCGUGGUUGUGGAUAAUGGAACUGGAAUGAUCAAGGCCGGGUUUGCAGGGGAUGUUGCUCCCAGAGUUGUGUUUCCUUCUGUUGUGGGGAUGCCUCAAUACCAGGAUGUCAUGGUCAGAACAGGUCUAAAUAACCACUGUGUUGGCGGUGAAGCCAGGGACAGGCCGGACAUUUGGAUCUCCAAGUACCCAAUCAAACAUGGGAUUGUGACCAACUGGGAUGACAUGGAGAAGAUUUGGCAGCACACCUUCAAAAGUGAACUGCGAAUUGACCCAACAGAAUGUCCUGUUCUCCUCACAGAGGCCCCGCUGAACCCCAAAGCAAACAAAGAGAAGAUGACAGAAGUGAUGUUUGAGUGUUUUGGCCCACCAGGACUCUAUGUUGCUGUUCCCGGUGUACUUUCCAUGUAUGCAGCCGGCCGCCUCAGAGGCCUUAAUUUGGACAGUGGUGAUGGUGUGACCUAUGCCGUGCCAGUCAAUGAUGGCAGUAUGGUACCUGAUAGCAUUAGACGUCUAAACUUUGGUGGCAGGGAGCUAAGUGACUACUUGCUGGAGAGUUUGAUUCACCGUGGGUGCCACUUCACCACACCUGCCGAGAGAUUGGUUGCAGAAAAUAUCAAGGAGAAGCUUUGCUAUGUGGCUCUUGAUUAUAACCAGGAGAUGGUAAUGGCUGCUGCUUCCUUCUCUCUGGACAAAAGCUAUGAACUUCCUGAUGGUCAAAUCCUCACUAUCAGCAAUGAGUGUUUCCAAUGUCCCGAAGCUCUAUUCCAGCCUUCCUUCUUGGGAAUGCCGUCCGCCGGAGUCCAUGAGACUGCCAAUGAUAGCAUCAACGCAUGUGAAAGCUGCAUCAGGAAUGAUCUUUAUGCAAAUAUUGUUCUGGCUGGUGGAUCUACCAUGUUUCCAGGCAUUGCUGAUCGAAUUAAGAAAGAAAUCACGGCCUUGGCUCCGAACACAAUGAAGAUUAAUAUUAUUGCUCCACCUGAAAGGAAGUACUCAGUGUGGAUUGGUGGCUCUAUCUUAGCUCAUCUGUCCACCUUCCAGCAAAUGUGGAUCACCAAGCAGGAGUAUGAUGAGUCAGGGCCCUCCAUAGUCCAUCGCAAGUGCUUCUGA